GAUGUCAAAAAAUUGUCAAUGUCAAACCGAAUUUUUUAUCACAGCAUUACAUUUAUAUGUCAAUAUCAAUAUUAUUUGUGAUUUAGAAUAUUUAAUUAUUAUUCGUUUAAUAACUGAUACUUGUUCGUAUUCGAAUUCAACCACAAUAUGAUCCGUUUCAUACUCAUCCAAAAUAGAGCUGGUAAAACCAGAUUAGCUAAAUGGUAUAUGAAUUUCGACGACGACGAAAAGCAAAAACUUAUUGAAGAAGUUCACGCUGUAGUAACUGUCAGAGAUGCAAAACAUACAAAUUUUGUAGAGUUUCGUAACUUCAAAAUAGUCUACAGGAGGUAUGCGGGACUUUAUUUUUGUAUAUGUGUUGAUGUAAACGACAAUAAUCUCUGUUAUCUCGAAGCCAUACAUAAUUUUGUUGAAGUCCUGAAUGAAUAUUUCCACAAUGUCUGCGAGUUGGAUUUAGUGUUCAACUUUUACAAAGUCUAUACUGUAGUUGAUGAAAUGUUUCUUGCUGGAGAAAUAAGAGAAACAUCCCAAACCAAAGUAUUGAAACAAUUACUCAUGCUAAAUGCGUUAGAAUAAUUUUUUAGUAAACAUUGUGAAGGCUUGAAUGUGUUAUCGAUGAUUCUGGACCUGAUAUUCAUUUGCUAGUCGUGAUUUUGUGAAAAUAAAAGAAAAAUGCAUUGCUGAAGGUUGAAACGGUAUUUUUGACCAAUUGAAGGUUAGAUUUUAAUUCGUGUAAAUAUUAAGUAUUAGAAUCAAACAUUAAAUACUUUCGUCAGAAUUAGGUAAUAUAAUAUGCACCUGUUGAAUCAAGAAUUUUUCGGUGAUAUCACUGGAAAAAAUCAUGCAAAAAUAAAAUAAGAUUCAAUGUAAAUCUUGAAAAGCUAAAAAGUCUUUGAUUAGGAUGUGUAUUUUUUAGCGUUAUAAGUUCAUUUUCUUAAUUUUAAUCUGAAGAUACAGAUUAUUUCUUGUCCUGUUAAUACGAUGAUUUAUUUUAUUUGUAAUAUUCAAGAACCUUCACAUAAUUUACUAAAUUGUCUAAUAGAAUUGAAACAUAUACUUAGGCAAAUAAGUUUUAAGUUUCUAUAUUUUAUGAUACUCAGUUGUUAGUAUUAAAAAGAAAUAAUUUUUGUAUAAUUAUAUUUUUGUCUGUUUGUAUUGCAUGACUUGUUGGUGUGACAUUCCAUUUUUUCGAAUGAUAAUUAAAGAGUAUAGAGCUGAAAGAAUA